UGGUAGAACUCCAAUUCCCAGCAUUCCCGCGUUCUGGCUUUCCCCAGCAAACACCGCGGCUCCGGCAAGAUGAGGCCAAGAUGGCGACGAAAACUAGCACUGAGAGCGCUCCUCCAUUUGAUUGUCCAACAUGGGGAGGCAAGCCACCGGUCGGGCUCCACUUGGAUGUGAUGAAGGGAGACAAACUGAUAGAGAAACUGAUCAUAGACGAAAAGAAGUUCUACUUGUUCGGAAGGAAUCCGGACUGGUGCGACUUUACUAUCGACCAUCAGUCCUGUUCACGCGUCCACGCCGCCCUUGUGUACCACAAACACCUCAAGAGGCUCUUUCUCAUCGACCUCAACAGCACGCACGGGACUUUCCUCGGGCACAUCCGCCUGGAGCCUCACAAACCUCAGCAGGUUCCCAUCGACUCCACUUUGUCUUUUGGGGCGUCCACGCGCACAUACACCAUUCGAGAGAAGCCCCAAAGCCAGUCGGGCGCCAGCGCAGAAAUUAAAGUUGGCGACGAAGACGAGCUGAAAGGACUUCUCGGGCUGCCUGAAGAGGAGACUGAACUAGAGAACCUGACUGAGUUCAACACUGCACACAACAAGCGCAUCUCCACGCUGACCAUAGAAGAAGGUAACCUGGAUAUCCAGAGGCCUAAGAGGAAGAGGAGGAAUUCCCGAGUAACCUUCAAUGAUGAGGACUCCAUCAUCAAUCCUGAGGACAUCGACCCUUCGGUGGGGCGUUUUAGGAAUAUGGUGCAGACGGCCGUCGUCCCCAUCAAGAAACGUCGCUCUGAAGGCCACAACACAUUAGGUCUGGACGACUUCACCGCCAAGCGUAUGCACGGUUACUCCAUGAGCGGCGGUCUUUACGGCGACCUGCCCCCAACCAGCCACGAAAACCAACCCACGGGCGCUCCGGGCGGCGCCUCCAUGCAGGGCGGCCUCCCGUUGCCCUUCCCCAACCCCGCGCCAGAGGUGGACCUGGCCCCCGAGGCUCCUCGCCGCCCCGUCACUCUCAACCCCACCCCGGUGUCCGUGCCCUUCCUCCAAGAGACCCUCAAUGAGCCGCGCAAAAAGAAGUACGCCAAAGAAGCGUGGCCGGGCAAGAAACCCACGCCAUCGUUACUUAUCUGACCGCGGACUGAGUCUUAUUUUAGCGCUUGUGACGCAAAAUGGCGAACAAAGAAAAUAAGACUAUAUUUCCAGCCACUGUUAGAAUCGUUUGUGUCACAGACUCCAAUGAGUUUUUUUUUUUUCUUUUGUUUUCCACUCUUUUCAAUGUUUUUUGCAAACGCUAUUAAUAAAUGGCAAAAGAGUAUUUUUA